CCAAGGUGGUGACACAGUAUUGAACUUGUCUGGAGCGGCGGAGAAGCAAGUGGAGAAGAACAUCACGCCAUCUCGAAAGAUGCAGGGCAUGGAUCAAAUCAGCCACAAGGAUUACCAAGCAACAGCUGACUGGCUCCUGACCCACACCAGGCACCGACCGAAAGUGGCCAUCAUCUGCGGUUCCGGCCUUGGCGUGCUGGCUGAUGCACUUCAGCACUCAGACUCUUUCAAGUAUUCUGAUAUUCCCAACUUCCCCCAAAGCACAGUGCAAGGCCACGCCGGUCAGUUGGUCUUCGGAGAGCUGAGAGGUACAGCAUGUGUCUGUAUGAAGGGAAGAUUCCACAUGUAUGAGGGACACCAGCCUGCCAAGGUGACCUUCCCAAUCCGAGUCUUCAAGUUGCUGGGUGUCAAGAUUCUGAUUGUCACAAACGCAGCUGGAUCUCUAGCAGAUGACUACAAAACGGGAGACGUAAUGAUCAUCAAAGACCAUAUCAACCUGCUGGGCCUGGCUGGACAGAACCCACUGAUUGGACCUAACAUUGAGCAGUUCGGCCCUCGUUUCCCUCCAAUGACGAGCGCCUAUGACAAGGAUCUAUGUAAGCUGGCAAUGGAUAUCUGCAAGAGGUUGGGCUACACCUGUGUGCACAAAGGCAUCUACUGCAUGGUGUCAGGGCCCAACUUUGAGACCGUAGCUGAGGCCCGCUUCCUUCAUAGUCUGGGAGCAGAUGCUGUAGGUAUGAGCACAGCUGCUGAAGUUGUAGUGGCAAAGCACUGUGGUCUACGGGUGUUUGGACUUUCACUCAUAACCAACCAGGUCAAGAAGGACUACUCUGAAAAGGGAAGUGUCAACCAUGAUGAUGUGCUGGGAGUGAGUAAGAUGAGGGCAGAGAUGCUGAAGGCUCUGGUCUCUGAGAUGAUUGGCCAACUAGAAAUUAACAACAACAUUGUAGAAGUCUGAUUGAAUUACAUUAAUGCCUUCAGAAGUUUCACACUUUGAGUGACAUUAUGUCAAGAAAUUACAGUAAGUUUUCU